AUGUUUACUUCGAAUCUGUUAGAAUUACAUGUUGGUGUGAAUUAUUUUACCGAUAUCCUUUAUCUAUGUGAUGGACGUUUCAAUCAACUUCAUACACUUUAUGUUAAUGUUUAUCAAAUUCAAUAUCCAAAUCUAAUAAUUGAUAAUACGGCAAAAAUAUGUCAAUGUCAUAUUUAUUCAUAUCCAUAUAAAUUGAAAGAUUACUAUAAUAUAACAAAUAAUUUUCCAGGUGGAAUAUUUAAAUAUGUUCGUGAAAUAUCAUUAUUUGAUGAACGUCCAUUUAAACAUGAAUUUUUUCUUCAAAUUUCACAAUCGUUUCCACUCUUGAAAAAAUUAACUGUGAUUAAUGGAAAACAACAAAAUAAUAAACAUUCUAGAGUAUCAAAAAAUGACAAAGAAAAUUUAUCAAUCAUUAAUUAUCCUCAUCUUACUCAACUUGAUCUUACUCAAGUUCACAACGAUUAUAUUAGACAAUUCUUAUUAGAUACGAAAACAUGUUUAUCUAAUAAUGUUUAUCUUCUUAUCGAUUAUAGACUAACGAAAAAAGUAACACGUAAUUUUACAAGAAAUAGAACACGAAGUAAUUGUGCAAAACUCAGUUACGUAGUUUUCUCUAGAAGACUAGAAUUUCCUGAACAUUUAAAAGACUAUUUUCCUUAUGCAGAAAUAUUAUGA